AUGAAAUUGAAUUUUAUCUUGUUAGCCUGCUGUGAAUUAUUGCUUCCGGUAUGCCCUUGUUUCCUCCUAUGCAUAACCUUGGCUUCAGGUGGCUUCGUUUGUGCUCCUACUCUAUCUUCCCCUGUGAAUCAUACUGAGACGGCUGGAGGCGCCAGCCCAGAACAUUCCAACCAUGCCUCCAACCAGAUUGGCCUGACCGAAACACGGAGAUCCCGACCAACUGGCACGGUUCCCGAGGCUAUGCCUUCAUCUAAUGCUGUAGGCAAGACCGCUGUUAUCCUAUCAGAUGCCCGAAUGCCAAUGAUCAACCGCCCCUCUCUUAGUUCUAUCCCAACUUCAUUUGCCACCACAGCCAACUCCUCCACAAUGGCGACAUUUACAUGUGGAAAUCUUGGUGAUUCACAGGACUUAAGGUGUUUGCUUUCGAACGGUCCCGCACUUCCGCAUCCCAAGCCAGAUGAACCGCAUCUAGGCAUGCCACAGGCAGCUUGGGAACAGCUGACCUCGAGUGGAUUUAAUGGGCCGAAUUACGAGCCAAUUCCGCCAUCCAUAGGAUAUGAUACCACAAAUGCAGGUAAUUCAAAUUAA